AUGGGACUCAUGGGAGUCUUUCGACGCCGCUGGCAGCGCCUUGCCAUUGUCUCUAUAAUCUUCUGCAUGGUGUCGCUGUCAAUCGUGUCCUCUCGGGAAGAUAAUCAUGACGUGCAGCCUCACAGCGAUUUGGAGGCGAAACACCCAUUGCUCUACAAACACAUACACAUGUCGGAUGUCAAAGGAGGAGCCUUUUACAUCCCUCCUACCUGGACGUCGGCAUCGGAUCCGAAACCCACAACCAUUAUAGAAGCCGCACGGCUCUUGUCCCGCGUGAUUGAUACCAGCACAGAUCAGUUCAUUUCUCGCUCGGAGAUCCCUUUGAUCGUGCACCAGACGUGGAAGAACACACAGGUCGAUACCUGGCCGGAGCUGGUCAGUGAUAGCGUGGAGAUAUGGCUUGAACACGCCGUAAGCACACCCAUGGCGUACCUUUUGUGGGACGACGAGGGCAUCUAUCGAUUCUUGGAGGAGUAUGAGCCUCGAUUCAUCGACCAGUUCUCCGCCUUGCCCCGAAUGGUGGAAAAGUCGGACGUUUUCCGCAUCAUGGUUUCGAAAUACAUUGGAGGCAUUUACGGAGAUGUCGACACCCAUCCGUUACGGUCGCCGGCGACUUGGAUUGGGCGCAAUGACUUGGAGCCGUGGGACGACCCAGUGACAGGGUCCCACUACAACUCGACCAAGCCAGUCAGGGCGAUCUUCGGAAUUGAAGCCGACUGUCCUCCUGAAACUGAUGACUACUGGCGAAUGGGUUAUACGAACCCUGUCCAAUUGACCCAAUGGGCUCUGGCCACUGCCCCCGGCCACCCAGUUUUGUCGCGCUUUAUGGACCGGCUACACGCUUAUCUCGACGAGGUUGCAGUUCACCACGAAGGAAAUUUGACAACAUCUGCCGCCUCGCAGGAGCUUUAUUAUGCCGACCCCCUUGUUCUGACUGGCCCCUCGGCUAUAACAGAAGUUACACAGGAUUGGCUAGAAGACCGGGUUGGCCUUAGAUGGAAUGCGUUGACGGGCCUGUACGAUGGCGGUAGAAGCAAGUUGGUGGACGACAUCAUGAUUUUACCCAUCACUGGCUUUAGUCCGGGACGCGGCCCAUACGGAAAUAUGGGGUCGAAACCACUGAACGAUCCAGACGCACGUCUCCAGCAUCUUGCUCAAGGGUCUUGGAAGGGAUUCAACCUGCGGGUUGAGAUGGGGAAGUUCUGUCGAACGUUUCUUGGCCUUUGCAAGGACUGGUCCAAAACAUGA